UAGAAUGUCGUCUGUGUCAUCAUAAACUAACUCCUAACACCCUUAAAUUAAUCAAGACCAUUCUGCUGCCGCGACCAGUGGUCAAGAUGAUGUAAUGUUGCCUUGUUGCCACGUAGCGGCGCUAUAAGUCUUAAAACUGAAAUGUCAAGCCAAUGGAAACCUUUAGAUUAGGAAAGAGAUUUAUCAAACGUUUUUAUAAUAACAAUGUAUUUGCUGGUUACUUUUUAUUUUAAUUUUUUUUUUAAUUUUCACAGUUUCCACUUUAGUUCAUGCUGUAUGAUACAGACACACUAGACAGAGAACAUAGAGGUCCUGUCUUGAAACGGAAAUGUCUCUAAUUUUCUGAGGUUACGUAUUUCUAACAAUAAGUAGCCAACAGAGAACACAGUUUCAAAUUGACUCCCCUGUGUGUCAUAGAGAAGUGAGAAUAGGUGGAGACAAACAAUGAGCUUUUGUCUUGAGUUUACAGCACAUGGCACAGAAAAUGGCUCAUCCACAUCCACAGAGUUCCUUGGUUUUUCUGCUGUUAAUGAUCAUAACCGAGUGCAAAGCCAAUUCGCCAGAUACCGUCUUUGUGUCAGCGUAUAAAGAAGAAGACAAACUUCUGCCUUGUUUCAAUUUGACUGUGACGGAUCCAAAGAGCUGCUACAGAGUCCGAAUAGUCAAGUACGACCCAGCUGGCGGCCGCUCGGACGUCUUCGCUUGGCCUAAAAACAACCAGGAUGCUGCACGCGUGAAAUGGAAACAUGAUAGAAAUGGACAAAAGUCGCUUCAUCUGACAGACGUGAGGAAAUCUGAUGAAGGGCUGUACGGCUGCGAAGUCUGCCAGGCGUGGGAGUGUGUUCUGGUCCGAAACGUCUCGUUAAAAGUCAAAGAUUGCAAAGCCUCUCCACCAGUGAAGGCAGCGCUGGGCAAAGCCAUCCUACUGAACUGCUCAGUGGGAGAUGUCUCAGGGCAUCGGGGAGCUCUAAAUGUGUCCUGGGCGAUGCUGAAAGGGGGGAUGCCCGCUCCCGUCAGCGUUGGCUCGAGCAGGAUCAAAACCACGGGGGCCUCUCUGGCUCUCGGCUCCGUGGAAGCCGCUGACAGUGGAUGGUACCGGUGCCAGGUCAGAGGACAAAGCCAGCACUGCUAUGACAUCAACCUACUAGUACAAGCUCAUGAAGAGGAAAAUGACCCGGCCUCAACUGUUCCUGUUACUACUAUUAUUCCAACAACUGAACAAGCGCCCGAGUCGAACAGCACAACGCAGAGCAGCGAGGCGCUGACCAGAGCCAUAGUCAUCAUCGCUGGGCUGGUGGUGAGCGCCACACUGGGACUUUUCCUUUACUUCAGGUGCAACAGGCUGAGAGCGGCCGCGCAAAGUCAGACGCGUGCAGCAGGUUGGACCUCCCAUCUGUCAGAGAAGCAACCCGGUGCAAGGAAUCCCCCUGCUACAGAGGAUCUCUCAGUCCAAACCAACAGUCUCUACGAAGAGUUUGAAAAUGAAAGCAUGUACACGUUUCAACAUUAGUCAUUUGUUGUGAUGAAGAAAACAUCUACUAGUCCCUUUCUACAUUUGAUCAUUGACUUGUGAAUUUAAGCUACAUGCGAAGCAUUGUGUGAAAACACGUGACACCCAUUGUUUGACUUUGUGGUUUUAUUAAUUUUUUGAUCCUUUUUGAUAAUCUGCAAUAUUUUACAUGAGCCAGUGAAACAGAUUAACUUUAAUGAAUCCAUUAAUAAACUUCUUAAAUCAGUGGGAACAGCCGCCUGCAGGAAAAUGCAAAUGAUUGUGACUGUAUUUAUGUGCAUUUUGUGGAAAACAUUUUUUUUAAUCCAUAAAGAAAGACAAAAUCAC